AUGGCGAUACGCGUAAUCCAGGACAGAGGCGGCGAGAACAGGUUCGACGAGCGCAGAAAAGCAUACACGGCUUCUCUCGAAAGUGAAGUAGUCCAGCUCCGCGCGAAUGAAGCUCGAUUGUCGCAGGAGACGAAAACACUGUAUUCUGAAGUCGCUUUCUUGAAGAGUCUGCUGACUCAGAACGGCAUUGCGAUACCCGAUAGAUCAAGAGUAGGACUUGGUCAACAGGAAGAGGGAGCGAACGUAGGGAGUGAGAAGAGGAUCGCUCUGACCGUUGGGCAAGAGGAAAACAAGAAAAAGAACCGACGGAAACAGAUAUACGUACAACAAGUGCCUCAGCAAUCGUUACAUACUUCUGCUUCGACCGGCCACGCCUUGACUGUCUCAGCAUGCCUCUUUCAUCACCACCCUUCACCACCUGGGCAACGACAGUUCUCUCCUUCGACUUGGGAGGUUCCACAUGCGAGUAUCGACCAGCUUCUAGCACUGUCUAGUUAUGUUCCGCUUCAAGACGGCGAAGUCACGCCAGUACAGGCGUGGGAUUAUAUCCGGCGACAAGAGGGAUUUGCGGGACUGGAGGCAUACAGGUGGGACGGCUUGAAAGAGAAGUUGGUGGCAUUAGUGCGGUGUUAUGGCUUCGGUGGUGUGGUUGAGAGAGAAGCUUUUGAGAACGCCGUGUUUGAGGCUUUUGUGGUUGGGAGGGUGUUCUGA